GACAAUAAUGAUGAUGAUACGACCAAGGAAAAUGAUGAAAAAAAAGACGAUGAACAGGAAGAGUUUAUGGACUUAAUACAGAAAAACAUAGUUAACAGUAACAACGAUGUGCGACAUGAGCUAUUUAAAUGGGCUUUUAAACUAAAUAGCAUAGAAAUGAGGACUAUGCACCCUCAAAAAAUGAUAUUGAUGAACUCCUCCUCAGGCGAGAAACCAAUCUUGACCAUUUAAACCGUCUUUCAAUUUCCAUAUUGAAAAACUGAAUUGAUAAAGAUGAAGUCCUUAGCCAAAUACGAUUGGGUGUCUCAGUACUCCAAAAAUGUGUUUCCAAAUGCUCGCUGGUCUGAGUUCAAAAAUAUAUCAUAUCCCAUAUAUGAUUUAACACAAGAAAGUAACGAAAUUUAUACCAUUGUUACUACGAUAUUGAAUAGUGAAUCAGACAAUGGCGCACAAUCUGAACAUGAAGCUUUGAUAUACUUGAAUGAAAAAAAGCUUGAGUACAGAAGAAAGAAGUUCGAUUGUGAAGAAUUACAGAUUAUUGAAAUUCUAGACACUUUGAUAGAAAACAUUGUUUACUAUUUGAAUGGGGACGAAAAUGAAUUAGAAUGUCUCGAAAAUUGUUACAGCAUUUUAAAAAUUGUGUUUCGCGGAGAUAAGUACAAGUUUAAGCUAGGGGAACAAGCUUGUGAUGAAUCCAAAAUUGUACGCGUGGAGAAUGAGAAGGCGUAUACGGCCGAUGAAACUUUGGGUUCGAUGCCACAAAACAUCAUGGGACGCAGAAUUGAUCUUCUGCUAUCUUCAUUCGGAACAAAUGUCUCUUCUUGCGAAUGGAAAGCAGGGAAUGUAAGCCCUUCUGUUGCAAGAAGGCAAGAAAGCAAAAACUUAAGACAAUAGAGAUCCGUUCAUAUUGAUGUAUUCCGAUUGGGUUGGUAGAGACGGAUGUAUCAAUGCUCUGGUGAAAGAAGAUGAUGUCUUCAUAGCGAAGAAGCUUGGGGACGUGUUUUUGCCUAAAAGU